AUGGAUACUCGGGGCCACACGAGGAACAGGUCAGGAGUGAGGCCUACCCGCCCUCGAUCCUCUACCAAAGGCCCUCUGGAUGCAGAUGAGGGUCCUCUGUCGUCGCCUCUGUCUCCUCAGGCUGCCCGCUUCAUUGCGUCACAACAGGCCAGUCCGCGGACAAGUGCGUCGCUGACCCGCUCACCGGCACAAUCACCGGCGCCAUCCGCGCCGUCUGUUUCCUCGAGGGACUUCUCUCAUCUUCUGAGACCAGAGAUCUUUCACCAGCUGACUCCUAUAUCUCUCCCUGCGCCUUUCCGGAAUCCCAGUAAACAGCCUUCCCCGGACACUCCCAUACCCGAGCUUCUUGCUCAGGGCCAGUUCCGCGCAGCCGCUAUCGCCUCUGUCCAGGCACUUACGAGCAGCCCCGUGGCCGCCACCACCGCAGCUGCUCAUCCACCUGUCGAUCCGCAUGAUCAUGCCCGGAUAUUUUCACUUCUGUACACCCGCCUGUCUUGCCUUUGUCUGAUUGAUGCGGUACCGCUGGCCGCACAGGAGGCCAAGGCGCUGCAGGAUUUGAACCAAGGGUUCUACCUGGAUCCCAUCGAUGGAUCCCAUCUCAUGCCUUGGGAGCUACGUGUGCUCGCGAUACGGCUACAGACCCUAGGUUUCGGGGAUCCCCGACGGGCAGUCAUGAGCUACUAUGAUUUGGCGAGAGAAGCACGCUUCGAAAUCGGCAAGGCUGGAAAGGUCCACGACAACUCCGCCAAAGAGCUCUGGAAGCACCGUCUUGCAGAAUUGGGCGUCAAAGUUGCCGGCGCUCUUGUUGAGAUGGAGGACUUGGCUGGCGCAGCGAAUCACCUGGCGAGCCUGAAGGACCAGUCGGGGGAUGGCCGCCUGGCCAUGUCACGCGCUCUGCUGUGGCUCCACCUCGGUGAUGUAGAUGCGGCUAGAUGGAGCGUGCGAGAGGGCAAGGCUGACCAAAUGGGGGAGAGGGUCGUGUCGGCGCUUGCGGAUAUGGCAGAUGGGUCCUACGAGAGCGCCUUGGAGAAAUGGACGGCCAUGAAGGACGAGAUGGACGAGAAUGCUGCCGACGAUGAGAUGGUCGGCGUCAACCUUGCUGUCUGCCUUCUGUACUUGGGGAGGAUGGAAGAGGGGCGGGCUAUUUUGGAGAGUUUAGUCAACAGCGGCCUUGCAUCUCACACGCUACUGUUCAACUUGAGCACAAUGUAUGAGUUAUGCACUGAUCGAUCAAAGCAGCUGAAGCUGUCCCUCGCCGAGCGCAUCGCUGACAGGGAGGCUUCGUCUCAUGGCUGGGAGAAGACGAAUGCCGACUUCAAACUAUGA